CCUACCUGGCUGCAACUUCUCUAGGGGACCCAGUGGAACCCUCUCCUCUCUGAGCAUCCUGGGCGCCAAGACCUGCAUAGUGGAGAGAAAGCAGCCUUGCCAUAGCCCUUGGGAAGCCCUGAAGCUCCAGACUGCAGAUUUCCAAGGGCAGGGCUGUAGGUGCCUAGUGGGGACAUUCCAGAAAGUCAUGUCUUCUUCUUGGGACACCCCCUAUCGGAGGGCUCCAAUGCCUGAGACUGUGGUGAAAAUUAUUGGGAGUAAACAUUACCGAUUCCUGGUGGAAAAGCCGAAGACGUCACUGAUGUCCUCUCUCAGUCAGGUGAAGGAGAACACAACCACCAAAGCUCAGCCUGAGCUGGGGCCAUUGGUACCCCAGCAUGGAAGGCAGUUCGGGGAAAAUCCCCCAGCUCUUAACAGUCCUGCUGAUCCCAAAGUCCAAUUCAGCCCUGAUUGCAGAGAGCGGAACAAAGGUGGAAAGGAAGAAGACAAACCUGGCCUCGUAGGAGCAGGCAGUGGUAUUCUAAAAUGGGCAAAUGCUCAGUGUAGCUCCGUGCCCUCAGGAGACCAGUCGCUGUCCUAUCUUCAUGGCCUCCCCAAACCCAGCCCAAUAGACUGUACCUUGGAACACAUGUCUAGAAAUGGUCCAGGUGGGCUUGAGAGCCUUGGUCUGAGGUCAAGCGAAGACGAGUCUCUUCUGGCCAUAGUUGGAAGAGAAUUCAAGGUGCAUCCUCCAAGUUAUGAUUUGCUGGACAAUCUGGAAAAGGAAUUGAAGGUCCUGGAUCCCAUCUCUUCUGGACUUCUUCUUCAGUCCCAGCUGAGCCGAUUGCUAGUAAAGCAUGAGGUCCCUCUUCAGUUGCCCACUGUCAAGCUACUUUUCCAGAGGUUCACUCAGACCAGAUACUCAGAACUGAUCAAUUAUAAAAAGCUGUUGUGGUUUUUAAGAUUAGCUGCAUCAAAUGAAACUCAAAGGAGUGAGUCCCUGGUUGACGACAUCCCAGUAAAAAUGGAGGAAAUCAAUGAUCUUGACCGAAGCUCAUCUUCUGAAACCAGUGACAACCUAACUGGGCUUCUCAGGAGUGCCCUGAAGACAUUCAAGGGCAAACUCAACAUUGAAAACCUUCACCUGAGUUUUCAUAAAGAAGACCAACCCUUCUCUGGCCACCUGCCACCCUCCAAGGUCAAGGCUAUUUGUGAGCAACAUGGACUCAGUCUGUCCCCUUCACUGAUGGGGGCUUUGUGUAGCCACCAGGAUUUGAAUGUACAAGAUGAAAUCAAAUGGCAAAAAUUGAUGGAGUUCUUGAUCAAAGCUUCCUUGGACGAGGCUUCUCCUUUGCCCAAAGCUGCAGGAACAAAGAAAGAGGAAGUUCCAUCUACUGUUUUGGCUGUUAGAGGUUCAGAGAAGACUGAAAGCCCGACUGAGAACCUUAAACACACAGAAGACAGGGAGCCACCCCCUGCAAACCCUGCUCCUGAGACAAGGGCCUCCAAGCGGAGCGAGGCCAGCAGGAAGAUCCAACCAGCCUCACAGCCAUAUCUGAGCCAGCUGAGGAACGAGGAGGUCCAAAGGGAGACAUGGAUGGACCGCUUCCGAAAGCUGGAAAACGCCCUCUACUUGUGCGAUGUGAACAAUACAGGUGUUCUGGAGAAGGAGCGAGCCAAGCGCCUCAUGCACAACUACAAUCUCAUUUAUAACCUCGCCCUCAGCCCUCUGAAAAUUGAUCAGGCAGCCCGGAGGUUCCGACAGGGAGAGAACCUUCUCUUGGAGCCAGCGCUGCGGUAUCUGAAAGAGCUGUGAAUCGUGCCCAGUUUGUGCUAACAGGUGUUUGCUGUGUCUCCCCUCUUGUACCCAGGGACACAUUUUUCUCAGUCUGAAGAAGGGAGAGAUGAAGUGUUCCCAGGGAGGUGUGGUCGGCAUAGACAUCCUGGGCGUGCCUCUCAUGGCCUUCAUCUCUCAGACCGACCCCCUUUUACCAAAUGACAUGAAGGCUCGCAAGCUUUAUUUGGUUUGGGUGAGAAUCUAAUGAGUACUGUCACCAGCCAGUCCAGCCAUUUUCUCACUGUGUGACCUUUGAACUCUGGGCCUCAGUUUCUUCCUUUAUAAAUGGUGUGGGGGAGUAGAGUGGGGAGAGGGGAUGUAGACCAGAUAAUCUCUUAUGGUACCUUUCAGCUAUCAUUCCAGUAGACUUUGUUCUAAGUUCUGAUGUUCUAUCAUCUAACAUUCCCUGUUGUAAAUCUCUGAUAUUUUAUGUUCUGACAUCCCUCCCAGCACUGACAUUCUUUGUUCUAAGGUCCCUUCUAACUCUAAUAUUUCUAUGUUUUAAGGUCCCUUCCAGCUCUAAUAUUCUUUGUUCUGUGUUCUGGAAAUCCAUACUCUAAGGAACAGCUCAUCGCUAACAUUUUGUGUCUGAAGGUCUCUUUCCCCUCUAACAUUCUAUGUUUGGUAUCUCAUCAUUCUAAGUGCUAAGAUCUGGUACAGCUUUAGCAUACUGUUCUAAGAUUGUACUUUCUAUGUUUUAACAUUCUAAGGUGCCUUCUAGUUUGGACAGUCUGUGAUUCUCUAGGGGAUUGGAUCCAAUUUUCCAGAGCCAUGCAAAGUACCUGGCACCCAAUAGGUGCUUAGUAAAUGCUGAAUGGUUGAUUGAUUUAUCCUAAGUUCCCUUCCAGCUCUACCAUGCAAUGCUCUAUAUUCUAACAUUCUACAUUCUAGGGUCCAUUUCUGCUCGAACAUUCCAUGUCCUCUUUUUUUCUGUGAACUAUCCUGCCACUGGCUUUAUAGCUGUGUGGCUGAGGGCAAGUUAUUAAACCUCUCUAAGAUCAGUUUCCUCAUCUGUAAAAUGACCAUAACAACAUCUGUAGUAACCUACCUCCCAGGGUUGUGGGGAGAGGCCAAUGGGAUAAUGGCUAUGAAGCACUUGGUAAGCUUGAAAGCCCUAGAGCUAUGCCUGUCCUGAUCAGGAUACAGGUGAGAGUGGGGAUGAUGGAGAUCUUUUCACAUUCUAUGUUGGAAGAUUCACUUGGGCUCUCACACUCUGACUUAGGGAGGGUUAGCAGGGCUCUUGACCACUUGAAGAAUCUUUAGGGUUCAGCUGAGGUCCCAUUCAUAGAACAUAUCGGAUUAUCUAUGACAUUCAUUUCUCAUUAGUGUAGAUGAAAUUAUAUUACAGAAAUCAUAGUACAUCCAUAAUGAGAGAGAGAGAGAGAGAGAGAGAGAGAGAGAGAGAGAGAGAGAGAGAGAGAGAGAGAGAGAGAGAGAGAAGUGUUUUAGAGACCUCAGCCGAUAGGAGAGGGGUUACUUCUAUCAGAAAAUUAUAGUCUCUGAGCCAGGCAGUUCUUGAGAAGCCAUCUAAUUCAACCCAACUUCUCCAGCCCAGGACUCCAACUCCAUCAAGCUUAUGGAAAGAUAAGUGUGCCUUAGAUGGAUGCAUAGGUAUCAUUUUACUGGAAAAUUAGGGUGGUGCAGUGUAUAUAGACUUACUUUCUAAUCCUGCCACACACAUUUCCCAAAUGGGUGGCCCUGGUCAUCCCUGAACCUUGGUUUCCUCAUCUAUAACAUGGAAAUAACAAUAGCCUAUACCUAUGCACUGGGUUGUGGCAAAUCUUAAAUGAGAUAAUUCUAGAGAAAUAUUUUAUGAAUAUUAAAGCAAAUGGGAUCUAUAAUCCCUCCCAAUGAAGGAAGGGUUACCUAUUAUUUAACACCUUGUUGGCAGAGUAGCUGCAGCAAGGGAGACUGAAGGAGUUCACCCAAGGAUAGAAGGAUUUAAUCUCAUGCAAAUACAUUAAGCAUUUUAGGAGUAUUCCUAAUAGGCACAUCAUACUGCACCAUGCCCCACAACCCCACAAUCUAGUUAGUGCCUGCUAUAUGCACUGUCUCUGUCACAUUGAAUUCUGAGUGCAAAUUAAAGGGAUUUGAAUGAUCAUAGAAUUUAGAACUGGAAGGGGCCUUGAAGACCACCCAACCCAACCUCCUCAUUUUACAGAUGAAGAUACUACAGCCCAAAGGGGAAACAUCUUUCAGAGCGGAGAGUGGAAGUCAUCUUCCUGUUUACCAUACCACCUAGCUAGAAGAAAAAAGUUAGUGAUGUAUCCUCUCCAACUCCCAAGUUGCAGACUCUAUUGGGCAAAGCUUCUAGGAGAAAGACCAUUUAAGGCCAAAGAGCUCCUGCGAGUGAUGAAAUCCUGUUGUCUGUUACUAUUAAGAAGGAGGUGACAUGAAGAUGAUGGUCAUCUUCCCACUUUUCUCUACCAUUCAUUCUAUUGUUCAUUAAUUUACUCAUUCAGUCUUCAAAUACCUUUAAACACAUUCUUUUUUGAGACACUGUAUUAGUAAGUGGGGUAGAUGAUUCUGAAUUCAGAGAACCUGGGUUAAAAUCUGAUGCUUACUACCUGGAUGACCUUGGACCAGUCACUUAAUCUCCAGGGGUCCCAAUAUUAUUACCUUUAAAAUGUUUGGACUCUCUAGCCUCUGAGGUUCUUUCUAGUUAUACUUAUGUUUCUGAUGAAUUUUGUGAGUUGCCCAGCAUGUCUUUAAGCAUUAACUGAUUUUACUCCGAAUAGACUGUAGCGAGCAUUCCUUUUAAGGAAAACAAUUAAAAUUUGGAAAUUCUACUUCAAUACUAAGAAGAAAUGGUUUGCUUUUAUCCAAAUCUUUGGCCAUAUUGCAGAAGGUAUCCAACAAUCAGCAAGGUCUGUGGUGUCAAUGUGAUAAGAGUCUUAAACUAUUAGUUAAUUAAGGGCCUUUCUCUAAAACUCCUCUCCCUUUUCUUUGUCAAAUUGAGGUUUCCUUUCUGAGUAUCACUGGGCAUGUCAAGUAUCUCAUGAUGUUUUAUAGUUGCUAUGAAACCUGAAUAAACACUUGCUAAAUAA